CCUCCAGACCCAAACACACAACACACUCCUCCUUCUUCCUCUCCUUCUUCCUCUCCUUCUUCCUCUCUGCUUCCAUUUGUUCGAAUGCACCGUCGCUAAUCGCCGUUAACGCCUCAAAAUGAGUCCGACUGCCGUCGAAGCUCCAUUACUUCUUCUUUUUCUUCUUGCCGCAGCGCUCCUGUGCCCGCUCGGAGGAGCCAGGCUUCUGGUGGAGAUGACGGUGGUCCGAAACGCCUCUUCCAUCGGAGCUCUUUGUUUGGACGGAAGCUUGCCAGCUUAUCAUCUGGACAGAGGAUUCGGCGCCGGAGCGGGAAACUGGCUUCUACAGUUCGAGGGUGGUGGGUGGUGCAAUGAUGUAACAUCUUGUUUUGAGAGAGCGAAUAGUCGAAGAGGAUCAACACAUCUGAUGACCAAAUGGGAGGAUUUUUCUGGUAUUCUUAGCAACAAUGCUUCCCUUAACCCAGACUUUUAUAAUUGGAACCGUGUGAAACUCAGGUACUGUGAUGGAGCCUCAUUUGCUGGAGAUGCCUUGUUUGAUAACGGGACAUCAGUGCUUCAUUUCAAAGGUCAAAAGAUAUGGGAAUCCAUCAUUCUUGACCUUCUACCAAAAGGGUUGGGGACAGCAAGGAAGGCUCUGCUUUCUGGUUGCUCUGCUGGAGGUUUAGCAACUUUUCUGCAUUGUGAAAAUUUCACUAAUUAUUUGCCAAGAAAUGCAAGUGUCAAAUGCUUGAGUGAUGCUGGAUUUUUUCUUGACUUAAGAGACAUAGGUUUAAAUCACACCAUGAGGAACUUUUAUAAGGAUCUUGUGGCUCUUCAGGGAAUGGAGCGAAAUCUGAAUGAAAACUGCACAGCCUCCUCUUACUUUCCAGAAUUGUGCAUAUUCCCUCAAUAUUCUUUGAAGUACAUAACAACUCCAUUUUUCAUUCUCAAUUCAGCAUAUGAUGUUUUCCAAUUUCAUCAUGGGUUGGUGCCACCAUCUGCUGAUUUACAUGGACAUUGGAACCAUUGCAAAUUAAAUCCAGCAGACUGUAGUGAACUACAGAUCCAGGUACUGCAAGGUCUAAGACUCAGUAUGCUCUCUGCAUUAAGAUUAUUCCAUGAAUAUUCAAGCAGAGGAGGAAUGUUCAUAAAUUCAUGUUUUGCUCAUUGCCAAAGUGAGUCCCAAGACACAUGGUUUGCACCUGACUCCCCAACAAUAGACAACAAGACGAUAGCAGAAGCAGUUGGUGAUUGGUACUUUGGGAGGAGAAACAUAAAGGAAAUAGACUGUGCUUAUCCAUGUGAUUCUACUUGCCAUAAUAUUAUACCAUAAAUAGCUUCGGUUGAGGCAGAGAAUUUAUAUAAUACAUUCUUUUGAAAAGACAAGAAAGCAAGACAGUGCCCAUUGCUAAUUUAUCCUCAAAGAGGACACACACAUUCAAUACACAAUACACACAUCAAUUUAAUAACAACACCACACAAUAUUUUCUACAAACAAAACUUUUAUUUUUCUUUAAUUUCUUUUGUUUUUUCUUAUAAUUAAUUUCCUUUCAAGUUACUUGUAAUGUUACUCAAAUUCAAUAUAUAAGUUAUUAUAUAUCCAUUUGUUUCUAUUCUUUU